GCCGGCCGGUGUGUAGUGUAGUAUAUACAUUGAGAAGGAAGACGAGUUUAUUUUUAGUGAAGCACUGGCUACCGUAUGUAGUGUACGUCGAUCGUACUUCCCUAAACUGACGUAGAGUGCGAUCCUCUAAGAUUUGUUUUUGUGGGAAAGUCUCCAAAAUUUUAAAACUAACAGUGUUGUUUUCUUGGUUAUACAGUGUUUGGUUAUUUCAUCUGGCAAAUUAUUUGGAUAUAACCACCAUGACUCCGUUAAAACUUAAUGGGGUAACCCUAGGUCAGAAACACGAGCAUUACAAUGCUCUCGUGAAGACUGCUUCGAGUGACGAAACAUUUACAUUGGAAAGCAUCAAUUAUGACGAUAAGGAUAUGGAUAACUUAUUUAAAAUUGAUGUAUCGUGUGCGCGACAGAACGCGCAAUAUUUGCUGGAGGUGUUGAAAGGCGGUGACAUGUUGUAUGUCUCACGCGCGCUGCGGAGCAGUACGUGGCUGGUGUGCGACGACCAGUAUGCGCAUAUCAUCAACCCGUACUACCUCCACCAACAACUGUUCCCCGAGAUGAAAAACAAGGCAAAGAACAAACUCCUGCUUACUAUAAGACUCUAUCUGAGAAAUGAAAAGCGUGUGGAUGAGUUUUAUAGUUUUUUUAACUUUGAAGACUUCAAAACUGCCCAAAAAUGGUUGCCCCAUUGCUCUGAAAGUUUGAUUAUAAGCGUUAUAAAAAAUGAUCGGGUAAAUAUAGAUCUAAAUAUAAUGAAAAGGUUGUGUAGAAAAUCAUUGGCGAUUUUAAAAAUUUGCUGUGAAAUAAAUCCUUCAGAAUGUUGGUUAAAAAGCGCUAUAACUUUUCUUUUCACUGAUACUGAAAGAUAUUUGGAGAUCAUAAACUCUGUAGAUGAAAUAUUCAUUCCUAAGUUCGGAAAAAAGGCUACAAGGUUCCUAAUGAAUAGAUGCCCUAGAAUAAUAUGUAACAAUUUUUAUAAAUAUUGCUAUAAAAUAGAUUUGCCUGAAUUUGGAAAACAUUUAAAACCUAAAGAAAUUCAACCUUUUCUAACGAAACAAUUGCUAAGUGAUAGAGAUUCUAUAAGAUCAUGGUGUAAAUAUAAAUAUGUGAAACAUAUCAUAAAGCGUGUACCAGCGGAGCAACGCUUUCAAUUAGUUCAAGAACUAUUUUUGAAUGGAGCAAACACAACUUCACCCAAUAAUACAAAAUCGGAAGAGACUGAAGAAACAAUAGAGGAUUCGUAUUCCUGGUACCGCUUUGCUCCCUUCGAAACAGCAUUUAAUGCAAUAAAAGAUAAAAUAUUUGACGAGGCAUGUACUGUGGAAAGUAGUGUUGGUGUGAUGAAUUUAUUAGGGUGUCCUUUUACAUUUCCUAGCACAGUUAUACGGCCGUGGACUUUAAAAGUAUUAGUAAGAUGUGCCCGAGGCAACUUACAGCAUUUACAAACACUCAUAAGUAGUUACCAUGGACAGGCAGAAGAUAAAGAUAUUUUUGAUGAGUGUAUAAGCUCCUAUUUGCUUCAAAUCACAAAAAUACACAAGUAUGACGAGAUUACAUGGAAAAUGCUGAACGACAUCUUUAAGAAUAUGGGUAUUUAUAGCGAUGUAAAUAAAAAUAAUAGGGCUGAUAUAAAAAUUCGUUAUAUUCCUACUAUAGUAUUAUAUACCGUUCUUAACGAUCAAUGCAUACCUACAGUUAUAGAAGAUAACAUAGCACUGGAUAAUUUCAAAAAAAUUCGUAAUAAAUUAGAUCCUGACGAAAGCCAAAAAAUAUUUAAAUGUUUGUACAGAUAUGCAUCAAAACAACUGAUUAACAGUAAAGUUAGAAAUAAAAACGAUUUUGCAGCCGUGAUUUCUAUGUGCGAUGAAAUGAUAAGGUUUAUGAAGGAUUGGAAGAAAAACGUCGCAGAAUUUUCUUUUUUGUUGGAUAAAAUACGAGAGUUAAUAAAGAUCAAAAACGAAAAUUCGUGGGGCAAAGAUGUAUCUAAAAUGCUAAUUGAUUUAUACAGGCAGCAUAAAAGCAUAAGAAGGCUACUAUUUGAAGAUUCUCUUACCCUAUGUCCGAGUGACGAAACCUGUCUAAACAUUCUAAAACAUAAUCCAGAUUUGUUACUUCGACACAAAACCAGCACAGAGACUAUUAUUCCGAAAAAUAAAAUGUCGUUGCGCCGAACUCUCAGAAAAUUACGGGUCUACUAUCCAAAUUCUAUAGCUAAGCAGUGGGUUGAUUGCUUUUUUAUUAGAUUGCGACAACCUUCAGACCUUAAGUCCUGCAUAGAGGGUCUGUUUAUUCUACUCCCUUGUAAAGAAGCUUUGAAACUGGUGAAAACCUACACUCCUAAAGUUAUUAAUAUCAAUCGGAAAGAGGAAACUAGUACCAUCUCAUUUGAUAUAAAGAAAAAUAUUGCUAAAUGUUUGUAUUUGUUGCGCCCCGCAGUAAGUCUCGAUACUAUUUUAUUGUAUACGAAAGGUGUUUAUUUUAGAUUUGCUGCUCCAUUAUUAUACUUAACGUUGCUGGACACUCGAUCAGAUGAGGCCUUACCAUAUAUAAAUAAAUUUUUGACUGAGUCUGGAAGUUACCAAAAACUAGGAAUACUUUACAUGUUAAAAAAAUUUGAUGUUAAUAAGACAAAACAAAGUAUACUAAAUGUAUGGAAUCUCACAACUAGGUAUUCAGUGCGAUGUGGUUUAUUCAAAUAUACUUAUAAACUUUUAGUCAAAGAAAAAGAGUCUCGCAUGAUUAUUAAGAUAUGGGAACUGUUGGACGAAAUAAUGUGCAAUUUAACAGAUGAAUUUUAUGCAACCAUAAAGGUAAAAAUGGGAAAUAUAAAUAAAAUACCUAAAAUUGUCAAAUACAAGCUUUUUAGAAGGAUUAUUCUUUAUUUGAAGACUCAUGUCCCAGACUCACUUGAAAUUAAUUAUUUUAUUAGUGAUUUUUGGACAGAUUUGAGGCUUGAAGUUCGCAUUGUAGAGGUCAGUUUUAUAGAUAUGCUCCUGUUAGAAGCCAUUGACAAGUGUUUCAUCGAGGAUAGUAAUAAUGAAUACUAUUAUUUUCGUAAGGACAUUUUAAGAGUACUUACAACAUAUCUGACAACGAAUAAUAGUGUCAAAAUUCAGCAAAUGAAAUUUGAUAAAUUGUUUGUUCCGGCUAUGGAAAGGUUCUUGGUAGUGUGGCAAGAUCACAAAAAUUUGUUCAAGAAAGUUUUGGAAAGCCUUUCCCUGAAUAUAUCAAAAAGACUGUUAUUUGAGAAGAAUUUCAAGGUUCCUGUGCAUCUGUACAAAAAUAUACAAACUAUUAUAAGGGACUCAUUUUCUAUAGAAAAAGAAUAUAACAUAAUUACUUUUUGGAACAUUACUGUAUUAUUUGUAGAGCUAUUGGAGACCUUUUCAACAGGUGAUGUAUUUCAAAGUAUCGUUGACAACGUUCGUAGUCAAGAUCAGUAUAGGACUUAUCAGUACGAGUAUCCGGAAUUCGAAAAUGUUUGCUCUAAUAUCGCGCCUGCAUUUGGAAAAGCUUGCGUAAAUUAUUUGAAACAGGAUUUGAUAUCUACAUAUCCUUCCCUUUGGCCAGUAACAUCAAAAUCAAUGAUGGAUGCUUUAAUAUCUCUCAGUUUCCCGUACUCAGUCAUAUAUCAAACUUUAAAGUACAUGCUACUUGAUGAAGAUGCCGUAGAAGUUACAGCUCAUUACCAGGUUGCGGUAGGCGUUAUUCGUUUUAUGUAUAUAAAUUCUGGAAACGGCGAGUACAAAUUUAGUUUUGAUGAAGAGUUGGAUAAUAUUAUAAUGGCUCAUCCUUCAAAUGUAAUCAGAACGUACUAUAGCCAUAGUUAUUUUCCAUUUUGCGAAGUUUACCAAGAAGAUGAGAACUCAAAUUGGCGUCGUACUGGUCUUAUGCCUGAAGGUGGCCCCAAAGACCACUAUGUAUAUUAGUUAUUCGCUAGUUUAGAACCUAUUAUAAACUUAAAUAUGUAAUUAUCUAUUACUUUUAUUAUAGAUUCUUAGAUUAAAUAAAGAAGGACCAAUGAAAGGUUAUUUGUUAAUAGAGAUAACUAAGUAAGAUUCUAAGAUCUUUAUUAGAAAUGAUAGUUAUUAAAAGGUGUUUAAGUUAUAGUCUAUGUAUGCCCUAAUGUAUUUUAGUAUAUGUAUGCCUUUUGCUGUCUGCUCUCUCUGGUCUGCUUUGCUAAUAAAGAUGCCGCCUAAUUUACAAUGUUCAUCAUUUUAAAUACUCAAAACGCUUCUAAUGCGCUUCAAUUAAUAAAAUAUGGGAAGAAAAUAAAAGUUUUUAUGUGGAAAAUAUAUCGUAAGGAAAAUAAAAUAUAAAUAAGAUGGCAUCGAAUGUGAAUUUCGUAGUAACCAAACUGGAAGACGGAGCUUUUUCAAAAUGGAAAUACAGACUGAAAACCUUAUUAGAAGAAAGGGGAUUGGAAGCAACAAUUAAUAAAGGCAGAAAUCCCGAGGUGGACAUAAAAAACAUCGACGCCAAAGCACGAAGUAAAAUAGUGCAAUGCUUAUCUGGCAAAUUUAUCGAUAUAGUAAAACGAUGUACAACAGCUUAUGAUAUGAUAACAAAACUGGAAGAAGUAUUUAUAAGAAAAAGUGUUGUCAACAAACUCUAUUUACGUAAAAAGUUGUUGUCUUUGAAAUGUGUAAGUUAUAAAAAACUGAAAGACCAUUUUAUGAAUUUUGAAAAACUAGUUUCCGACCUGGGAGGAACUGGAAUAACAUUAGAUGAAAGCGACAAAGUGUGUCACCUAUUAUUGACGCUACCAAAGGAAUAUGAUACAGUGAUAAUCACAUUAGAGACCAUGGACAAGGAGUUGACUGUUGACUUCGUAAAAUCUAGAUUGUUGAAAAACACUAAAACUAAAAGGACAAGAACCUACUUCAAUUUCAGAAACAGAGGCACAUAUAUGGUAAGGACAGCGAGGUCAAUCUUGAGGAUAUAAUUCAAGUAGAGGUCGAGUCUCCAGUUCAUCGUGGCAAUCUGACAAAAUUACUCAAGCCGACAAUAGGGAAGAUGAAUGCGAAAUGUGGUGCCAGUGUUCGAUGUAGGUAACUUUGAUAUGAGUGAUAGUAUUUAGUUAGUUGUAGAUUCUGGUGCUACUGAUCAUUUAAUUAAGGACAAAUACUUACCAUAUAUGAUAAAUGUUUCUAAGUUAGAAAGUGAAGUAAAAAUAUUUGUUGAUAACGGUCAAUAUCUAUUAAGUACUAGAAAAGGUAAACUUAAUUUAAAAUAUUAAUAAAAUAAAUAUUCAAAUAAAAGGAUUAAUAGUUUUAGCCUUAUCAUACAAUUAGCUGUCAGUAAGAAAAUUAUUAACAAAAGGUUUGCAGGUUAAAUUUCACAAUGACUAUGUAUCUAUAUUGAAUACCAUUCAGUAGUUAAUGGAAAAAUCAAGGGUAAUACGUUACAGAUAUACAAUUGAAUUAUGAAGAAUGCUGCUUGUCACAUGAUAUUUGGCAUAAAAGACUAGGGCAUGCUAAUAGGAACCAGCUAAAAACAUUGAGUCUUCCAUACAGUAAGUCACAGUGUGAGCCCUGCAUGCAAAGCAAGUCUACUAGACUACCAUUCCAAGAUUGUUCAAAACCACGUUCCUAUAACAUAGUUGAGUUGGUACAUACAGAUACAGUUUGUCUAUAAAGUCGUGACAUUAAAUGAUGGUGCCACUAGUAUGCAUGUAGCAACCCAAUACAGUCGAACCAAAAUGAUUUUGAUACUAGCAGUUCAUUCAAGUAAAAUAGGUUAAUAAGACACACUAUACAGUCGUAUUUUGUUUCUGUUUUAUAUAUAGUAGGUACUGAGGAGCUCUAGCCAGAGUGGAUAGAACCUGGGGACGUAGCGAUUAUUUAAAAGAUACUGGUAGAGAUAAGAUAUUUAUUUCAUUCAGGCGAAUAUAAUUAUUUUUAUCUAAGCACGAGAGGGUUGGUUGGUGCCUAAAGAUCGACUCUUGUAUGGAACCUUCUAUCAAAAGACAGACGAUUCCUUAUUUCAAAUCUUAAAAUCAUGACAUUAACUUUUUAAUAUAACUGCCAACCGUAGGCAUUGCAAAAGCAAAGAGUUUACCUAAACAAGGAGGCUGUAACGUCACGAACGUUACAUCCCUCCGGCACCGCUAAAAAAAAAUUGUUUUGUCAUACUAGAUGACCGAACAAAAUUUUUUUUUCCUACCUACUACAUCGAGAGGGUUCGACAGUCCUAUCUAAAAUCCCUACCUGCUUAAGGACAUUAAUACAACUGGGAGGUGGCCCUAAAAUACUUUAAUGAAACUACCUAUUGAUCUGUCAUAAACAAAAUGUGUAAAAGUUCCUUAUAAUAUGUGUAUUGAAAAAAAAUUCUAAUAAAAUGACAAAGUUAUGUUUAAUAUGCUUUUGAAAUAAAAUUCUAAAAUGACUAUUGUAUUGAACCUUAUUUACAUACCACCAUUGCUUUAAAACAUUCAUAUAAACAAUAAACUGAAAUAAAAUCUCAUUAGUAACACAAUAUUAUAAUACUAUCAACCUAUUCGGCAUAAUAUAAAUUUUCAUCAUACACCGAAUUAUCACUAUCACUUUCGUUAUUCAUUUGUAUAUAUUGUCUUUUAAACUUGCACUUAAUAUGUUUGAUUAUUAAUUGUUCGUUACAAAAAUCUAUUAUCGCAUUAUUUCGAAGAAAGAAAUCCUGUCCUAAGAUGAUGUUAUGCCUAAUAUUCUCUACCACAAGAAAAUCUUGAAUGAAUAACGCAUUGUCUAUCAAUAAUUUUAGGUUGACUUUCCCUAUAACUGACAAUUCUUUGCCAUCGACGGCUUUCAACUUCGUAUUGCUUUCAUCAAUUCGUUGAUGAAUUCUAUUAACUGUGUCCUUCGACACCACAGACACUGCAGCACCACUAUCAAUGAGCCCUACAAACUCCUUAUCACGACACGUUAUAUUAAUUAAUGGUUUAGACUCACUUGUAUAUUGAUUGCAGUUUUGUAAUGGCUGUGAAUGUUGAACUUCUUCAUCAGCCAUCGUCAUUAAAUUUUCUUCAUAAAAAAUUUUCUUUGGAUGCUUCUUCUUUAGUUUUUUCUUUUUUUUGUUCAAGUUACUGGAACAAAAAGUGCGGGGAAUCAUAUGUUCGGGAGGGACAAUGGGAUGAGAAGGGACACUUUGGGAGGAAAUGAGGUUGAUCUCCUUCUCCUGUUCCUCUUCAUUCCUUAUUAAAUGAGAAAUUUUCGCCGCUUCGAAGUGAGCAAACGAUGGUUGGAUCGGCAGAUUCCAAUUAACUUCGUCAUUUUCAUCCCCGAAAAUGUCCUGCGCUUGUCUUAAAACUUCCUUUAAAUGCACUUUAUUAUCGUAUAAUUGAAAUGCGAAAAGAUUUUUCGUAUUUAAAUUCACAUUUUUCAAGAACUGUCUAAUGAAGCAUUUGUCAUCGAUGACAGCUAAUACAUAAAAAUAGUUCAAUGGCUCUUCUGACAAGCCUUGUCUUCGUGAGAAAAUUUUUUCCAACGUAUUUAUCGAUGAUGGAAAUUCCUCACGUAUUUUCUUUUCUAAAAUCUGAAAAUUCUCACAAGACUCAUUAAUAUUUUUAUAAAAUAACAAUGCAGGUCCACUUAAAUAUGCCGACAACACAAUUCUUUUUGUUUCAUCGUUGAAAUUAUUGAUGGCGGCGAUGAUAUUAAACUGACGAAAGAAAUCGGUUACAUCACCUUUUCCGUCGAAUGUGGUCCUAGUCUCCAUCUUUAUAAAAACUACUUCUUUCUUGAUUUAAAAAUUCUUCACUCGCGGUACUUGAAUCUACGCGGCGCGUCCACCAUAAGGAGCUCUAGCCAGAGUGGAUAGAACCUGGGGACGUAGCGAUUAAUUAAAAGAUACUGGUAGAGAUGAGAUAUUUAUUUCAUUCAGGCGAAUAUAAUUAUUUUUAUCUAAGCACGAGAGGGUUGGUUGGUGCCUAAAGAUCGACUCUUGUAUGGAACCUUCUAUCAAAAGACAGACGAUUCCUUAUUUCAAAUCUUAAAAUCAUGAAAUUAACUUUUUAAUAUAACUGCCAACCGUAGGCAUUGCAAAAGCAAAGAGUUUACCUAAACAAGGAGGCUGUAACGUCACGGACGUUACAGUACCUAUGCUUAUAAAAAGUUUAGCCAAGCAUAUUUAAUUGAAUCAGAAUAAAAUUAUUACAGAUAAAAUAGUACUUUAUAGUGUAAAAGUGUGUAAUGUUGGUGAUUACCGCUGAGGUGCCAUUGAGACCAGAGCCGUUAGGUAAUCAUCAAUACACACAAGUUUUUUAACACACUUGUUAUGAAAAUAAUACUAAAAAUCAUUUUAUAGUAGGUAUAUAAAAAGUUUAUUUAGAGAAACAAUUUGUAAAUGUGCAGUUAGUAAAAUUAGUGAUAGGUAUUUUCACUAAAAGCAUCUGGCCAUGGUUCUUUAUGUGACCAUUUCUUUCGCCUGUUUUCCCAGGAGUUUCAAACUUUCCAUCAUUCUUAAAACCUUCGUUGACUAUCCGACUCUCUGAUUUUCCUGAAAAAAGGUAAAAAAUAUGUAACGGAAUAGAAAUAAUAACUUAUUGACAUGAAGCAAUUAAUUCAAAAUUGGUAGAAAACGUGAUCGAGUUGAACCAUAAUAAAGAAUCAAUAGAAAUGGUCGUACUACAAUAUUACCUAUUUACAAUGUCAAUCUAACAUAAAAAUGUGCAAUGUAAACAAUGCCGUUUUUGGUCUUAAAAAUCGUAAAUUGAGUAAAUUUGUAACUUCAGGCAGAUUACAAACAAAUAGUUACACAAUUAAAUACCCGUCAUAUAUGCUGUUCGCCCAUAAACAUCAUCCAAAUCCCACAAAAUUCUCAAAUUGGUAGUCUUCGAAACAUCGCUGGAAAACUUUAAAAAUCACUUCCCGCGUGCCACUGCGAUUUACUUUACUCAUUUUUAUACCUUUCUGCGUAGUUUCGUCUUAAUUUAUUACAGUUUAAUCCAAACAAUAAAAAAUACAAAAGGAAAACUGUUCCACAACUGAAACUGGAUGACAGCUGAUGUACAUAAGUUUGGUGUUGCCAGACAUAUGAAUAAUGUUAGUUCCUCAAACAUUCAUGUCACGACUUUAUAGACAAACUGUAUAUACGGUCCAAUGAGAACUCCUACAUUAAAAGGUGAGUUAUACUAUCAUACUAUUAUUGAUGAUUACUCUCAUUUUUGUGAAGUAUACCUAUUGAAAAGGAAAAGGAAGCGACAGACAGACUUAUAGAAUAUAUUAAUAGAACAGAAAGGCAAACAGGAAAUAAAGUAAAGAAGAUAAGAUGUAACAACGGUGGUGAGUUCAGAAAUGAAAAAUUUAAGAAAUUUUGUAAGUAGAAAUGUAUCAUUCAACAGUAUACUACACCAUAUAACCCGCAGUCAAAUUUGGUUGCGGAGAGAAUGAAUAGGACAAUCUGUAAUAAAGCAAGGACUUUACUAAUUGAAACAGGAUUACCAAGGAUGUUAUGGGGUGAAGCAGUAGGUUGUGCAGUCUAAGAUUUUUAUACACCAGCUGAGAAGAAAUUUGGUAGUAAAAAUUUGACUAAGCUCAGAGUAUUUGGUUCAAAAGUAUGGAUGCAUAUAUUACCUAAACAAGAUAAAUUCACGGAAAGAGCAAAAGAGAUGAUAUUUGUGGGAUAUAGUUCAAAUGGAUAUCGUUUAUGGGACCCAAAAACAAAUGAAAUAAAAGUAUCUAGAGAUGUAAGAUUUGACGAGACUCAACGUAAAUACAAAGAAGGAAUUACAAAGGAAGAAAAAGAUAACAAAAAAGAUAACUACAACAGAGAGAAUGAUGAAAUGUAUGAUACUACAGAUAAAGGAAGAGUUAAAGAGAUUGUAAACAGAGAAAUAAGAGAAAAUAAUGAAAUAGAGAAUGAAAAUAAUCAAGAAAGUGAUGAAAAACCAAGAUAUACAUCAAGAACAGAAAGAGUAAUACAAAAACCAAAGAGAAUUUUAGAAGAUUAUGAAUUAUAUACAGCAUAAUGUUUAUUAUCAGGAGAUCCACAAGAAUAUAAAGAUGCAAUUGAAGAUGAAGAUUGGAAGAAUGCAAUACAGCAGGAACUACACUCGUAGAUUAAAUUAUAGACGUGGGAAGAAGCUACUCUGCCAAGGGGAAGUAAAGCACAAUAGACACAAACUGAAUUUUUAAGACUAAACAAUAUGGUACAGAGAAAGCGAGACUUGUAGCAAAGGGAUUCCAACAAAUUAGCAAUGACAAUCAUUAUUCUCCAGUCGCUAAAAUAUCUACCAUAAGAUUGAUGAUGAACUUGGCUGUACGACAAGAUAUGCCUUUUAAGCAAUUAGAUGUGCCAACGGCCUUCUUAAAUGGAAAUAUUGACACAGAUGUUUAUAUUUGUUUCUUAGGUUUUCACGCACAUCAGUCACUAAAUAGUUUUUACGGGUUAAUGUACUAAAUUUAUUUAACGUCAAUAAUGACGUUUCGCAGCCUUUUCAGGUCUGCAUCGUAAGAUUAUUGAUUUUUUAUUUAUUUUUCGAGCUACCUUCGAAAGACUUUUAUUAAGCGUUCAGAUAUUUCUUUGGAAGAUUUUUACAACUUUAUUGUCUAUGUAUGAAUUUAUUACAUAAUUUAGUUAAUAAAGUACUUUAUUUAAAAGUCUUUUUUGUAAUUUUGAGUUAUUUAUUUGACCUUAACUACCGUAAACAACCACCGGUUCCAAAAUUGGGAGACCUUUCUGAGAAAAACCGGCGAAACAAACUCAGAGAGGCUUUCUAUCUCCUUCCAUCAUAAUUUAACAUAAGAAGGUUUAGUUUAAGAAUAAUAUUUAUGUGUAUUAUUACUGUUAUUUAAACAUGUCAUUAAACUAAAGAUUGUAAGACUCUUACUGUAAUUUGAUAAAGAUUUUUUUUUAUAUUGAUUCAUUUUGCAUUUGUGUCUCAAUAGGCAUUCUUGAUUAUAAAUGUGUAAUGUUUGACGAGCAUUAAGUAAAACAGUUUGAUGUUGUUUAAAGUAACUUAAUGUUACGAAAAUUCUUUCAUUUACAUAUACUUACAUAUUUUAUUAUAACAUUGAGAAAGAAAUAUACAGAGGUCACAUAUUGUUAUGGGUUCAAUUCAUAAAGUUAAGCAUUAGAACAUUGCUGUGUAUGUAUAAUAAGUUACAACAAUUUAAGAAUGUUAUUGCUAUAAAUUCUAAAAUUGAAGUGUUAAAGUUAUAGUGUAUGUAUGCCAUUAUGUAUUUUAGUAUAUCUAUGGCUUUUGUUGUCUACUCUCUCUGGCCUGCUCUGCUAAUAAAAAUGGUGCCUAAUUUAUAAUGUUCAUCAUUUUAAAUCCUCAAAAAAAAGAAAGUAAGCACGAGAAGAAUGUCUUGCAAAAAAUUAAAUUGUAAGAAAGCACCAAAUGAUGUAACGUGCAAUAACACAAGAAAUAUAGUUGGGAAUCUUAUCACUAUUAUUUCAUACAAUCAUAUAAUUAUGAAAGACACGGGAUGUAAAUACUGUGUCUUAUUUAACCAAACCGACCGAUCGAUUUUCAAAAUUGAACUGGGUUUCGAUGCUCUGGUUAGAACAUAACCAACAUAUGAUCAUUGGUCUCUUCAAUCAAAUUAAUCAAAUCAAAUUAUUGUUCGUUUGUUCCAUCGCGAAUAAUAACGAAACACGAAUCUGACAGUUUUACAAAACUUUUAACGACGUACACACACCAAAAAAAGAUUGCGAUCACUUUGAAAAAUAGAUUGUUUAUUGUGUUACAGAAGACUUUUUUUAUAAUUUCUUUUUCUGAUAAGAUUCUAAAUUUUAAGAUUAGAAUUAGAACGUGAAACUUGUUUUUCCAUAUAAAAAGAUAUGCAAUCCAAGCUGACACUCAUUCAGAAAUCUGACUUAGUCAAUAUUAUCGAAUAUAAAAUUAUUUUUUCACGGAAAGUUGUGAUUUCAAAAAUGCCACGAGGAUUAUCAGAUGUUUUAGGAGUCAGAAUUGUAACUUUGAGGGAAGAAGGCUAUUCUGCGAGAGAAAUAGCACGCAGAGUUGUUAUAUCUCAAUCCUGUGUAGUAACCACGUUGCAGAGGUACCAUGGCAUGGGUAAUUUAGCUGAUCGAACCCGCAGCGGUCGCCCAACUGUUUUAACAGCUGCUCAGAAGCGCUACAUUAGGUUGCUGGUAGCCCACGACUCAACAAUAAACGCCACUAAAUAAAAAGCACAAAUACGGGCAGUCUCCGGACUUGAAGUUAGCACUCAGGCCAUUCGGAAUUGCUUUACACAAGGCUGGAUUACAAGCACGGAGGUCUCUUUGUGAGGCACCUUUGAAUUCACGGGAACGUCAGCGACGGAGGUUACAGUGGGUUAGGCUCCGGCAAAAUGAAGAAGACGAAGAGGAAAACAUUUGGCAAAACUGCUUCUUCGUUCACGAAUCGCAAAUCAGUACUCAUCCAGAUAACCGACGUGUCCGUGUUUGGAGAAGCCCCGGAGACUCAGAACGGCCUCUGGAACGGUUCAGCAAGGCGGGAAAUCAGUGUCUUUUUGGGUGGUAUUAUGAUUGGGGCUUGAACGCCUUUAAUCCUUUAUCAAGGCUUCAUGACGGCAGACAGAUACAAAACAGUCGCUAUGGAUGGAAUCGUCAGACCUUUCCGAGUAAACCAUGGGCACCAAAUUGUACUGGCUGACGAUAAUGCGCCCGCACAUCGAACUCAGCGAGUCAAUGCUGCUCUCCGAGAAUACGAAAUCACAAGGUUAUACUGGCUUGCCGGCUCUCCUGACUUAAACCAAAUAGACCACGCGUGGGAUGCUCUUAGCGAGCUGUUUGGAACCGACAGCCACCACCCCAGACAGUGCCGCAGCUCGGGGAAGCUGCUGUUCAAGUAUAGGACAAGUUACCACAAGAAAUGCUGGAUAACUUGAUCCUCAGCAUGCCCAGGAGGAUCUCCGCAUAUGUUCGAGCCAGAGGAGGAGUUAUUUUGUAUUAGAUAAACAACAAUUUAUUAAUAAAAGGUUUUUGAGUUUGGUUAAACUAUCUUUUUAUUUCUAUCAACGUUCUAUUACAAUCGCCUUAGGAUUGAAUUUUUUUUUUAUACUAAAAAAUAAAAUUUUGUUUUUAAUUUCAGAAAGUGUAUUUUAAAAAUGAAAAAGAUAGGUAUAACGUAAACAUUUUCUUUUGAUUAAGUUAAAUUUUGAAAAUAUAUCAGCUUUUGCAAGUGAUCUCAAACUUUUUUUGAUGUGUGUAACUUUCAACCAGGCGGUCCCGUCUGCUGCCUAGUCCGCGUGGAGUAUUUUCUAGUAAAAUUUUCUUUAGAUUUAAACAUUUAGCAGUUACAUGCUUUAAAAAAUAAAAAAUAUAACUAUAAUUGCUAUUUCGUGUGAUUAAUAUAAAUGAUUAAUAUUUGUAAAGGUAUUCAUUUGACAUUGUGGGUUACCUACAAUGCGAAGAGAUGGCGCUGCCUUGCAGCUUAAGAAAGGCUAGAGAAAAUACGACACGGCCAUCAGGGUCGCGGUAGUAUAAUGGUCAGUGCACUCGCCCGGAUAGCGAUGGGUGCGGGUUCGUGUCCCGUCUGCUGCCUGGUCGGCGUGGAAUAUUUUCUAGUUGUUACCAGUGUCCACACAAUACACAUUAGCAAUUUACAACUACACUGAUAAAAUAUUGGCAGAAACAUCAGAGCUUUUUAACUAUUAGUAACCCCAUUAACGAAAAAGCAAUGUAACAAUAACGACACUUUUUCUACAGUUUUUCUUUACAUGUAUAACACUGUCAAGUCUGUUCUACUUCUACCGUUUUAUUUAUGAAGACACGAACUAAUAAGCCACACUUAAACAUAUAACAAAAAAAUG